AUGAAGUUCUUCAGUCGUUCUGGUGCUCUGGCAGCACUCCUGGCCACAACAUCUCUCCUCGAUGGAGCUGCCGCCCAAUCCCCCACACCGGUUGUCUUGACCGACUCCAAAACCGGCAUUAUCUUCGACACUUGGUCCGCAACGAGCGCUCAAACGGCCGGGGGCAUGACAUACGGUUUCGCUCUGCCUCAAAAUGCGUUGACGACAGACGCCAACGAAUUCGUUGGCUAUCUCCAAUGCGCUUCCAAGAACGGCCAGGGCACUGGCUGGUGUGGUAUCUCCCUUGGCGGAUCGAUGACCAACAAGCUACUUCUCAUGGCAUGGCCCAGUGGCUCUGAUAUCUUGACAUCGUUCCGCUGGGCAACGGGCUAUGUGAUGCCAGACGUCUAUGCAGGCGACGCCAAGCUCACACAGAUCUCGUCCACUAUCAACGCGACACACUACACCCUCAUCUACCGGUGCCAGAACUGCUUCAAUUGGAACCAUAACGGUGCCACUGGCAGUGUCUCGACGAGUGCGGGCUCUCUCGUUCUAGGAUGGGCGCAGGCAUUCACCAGCCCGACCAACCCCACGUGUCCUGCUUCUGUCAACCUGGUUCAGCAUGACAACCAAGGCAUCCAUGGCGCCGCUCUCGAUGCCAACGCUGCGAACCCCUCGUACUCUGCAUGGGCCGCUUUGGCGACCAAGACUGUCACGGGAAGCUGUGGUGGCGCCACUACAACUUCGGCGCCACCCUCUACCACCACUACGAAGGCACCCACUGGACCUACCGGUGUUCCCGUUCCCUCUGGCACGUACGACUACAUUGUCAUCGGAGCAGGAGCUGGUGGCAUUCCCUUGGCCGACAAGCUGAGUGAGGCUGGCAAGAGCGUCUUAUUGAUCGAGAAGGGGCCGCCAUCUUCUGGCAGAUGGGGUGGCACCAUGAAGCCGACCUGGCUAGAGGGUACCAACCUGACCAGGUUCGAUGUCCCCGGUCUUUGCAACCAGAUCUGGCGCGACUCUGCUGGCAUUGCCUGCCAGGAUACUGACCAGAUGGCGGGUUGUGUUCUGGGUGGAGGCACCGCCAUCAACGCCGCUCUUUGGUGGAAGCCAUAUGCCCAAGACUGGGACUACAACUUCCCGGCCGGAUGGAAGUCUACCGAUGUCGCUGCCGCCACAAGCCGGGUCUUCUCUCGCAUCCCCGGCACCACGACACCAUCUCAAGACGGCAAGGUCUACCUGACGAAUGGCUUCAAUGCAAUUGCCGGCGGACUUCGCACCGCCGGAUGGUCGGAACUUGACCUUAAUGCGAACCCAAACUCCAAGAACCGCACUUUCGGCAAGACGCCGUACAUGUACUCUGGCGGAGAACGCGGUGGCCCCAUGGCGACGUACCUUCUCACAGCAAGCAAGCGCAGCAACUUCAAGCUGUGGACCAAGACGGCCGUCAAACGUGUUGUCCGGACUGGUGGGCACAUCACCGGCAUCGAAGUCGAGCCGUACUUGGACGGUGGAUACACCGGAACGGUCAACGUGACUAACAUCUCGGGCCGAGUGAUUCUUUCCGCAGGAACCUUUGGCAGUGCCAAGCUUCUUCUUCGCAGCGGCAUUGGCCCACAAGAUCAGCUCGAGAUCGUCAAGAGCUCCGCUGACGGGCCUACCAUGAUCUCCAAUGCAUCUUGGAUCAACCUGCCUGUCGGAUACAACCUGGAAGAUCACACCAACGUGGGUCCUACUGAGAACUUUGGAGGUAUGAAGACUGAAACUAAUUGGAUUCAGACCGAUACCGUCGUCACGCAUCCCGACGUGCAGUUCUAUGACUUCUACGAAGCGUACACUGACCCCAACGUCACGGACAAGAAUCUCUAUUUGCAGAAGAGAAGCGGCAUUCUGGCCCAGUCUGCGCCCAACAUUGGCCCUCUUUUCUUCGAGGAGAUCAAGGGUGCCGAUGGCAUCACUCGGCAGAUGCAAUACACGGCCCGCAUGGAGGGCAGUCUCGGUGCCCCCGAUGGCAAAACCAUCACCAUCAGCCAAUACCUCGGCCGUGGCGCAACUUCACGCGGCAGAAUGACCAUACAGGCCAACCUCGGCACCGUCGUGUCUACCGUACCCUACCUUCGCGAUCAGAACGAUGUCGAGGCCGUCAUCAAGGGCCUCGAGAAUCUGCAGACCUCCCUCAAGAGCGUGGCCAACCUUGUCUGGAACUUCCCUCCGCCGGGUACGACGGUCAGAGACUAUGUCAACAAUAUGCUAGUCUCGUACUCGAACCGUCGCGCAAACCACUGGAUUGGUACGAACAAACUCGGGACGAGUGACGGUCGCAGCAAAGGCGAUUCUGUCGUUGACGUCAACACCAAGGUGUACGGCACAGAUAACCUCUUCGUCGUUGAUGCCAGCAUCUUCCCCGGGAUGGUCACCACUAACCCGUCAUCGUACAUUGUGGUCUCGGCCGAACACGCCGCCGCCAAGAUUCUUGCCCUCGCGACCUCGACAGCGCAGCCGCUUUACGGGCAGUGUGGUGGAUCGACAUGGAAUGGCAGCUUCCAGUGUGCUACUGGGCUGAAGUGCACCGUCAAGGACGCCUACUACUCUCAGUGUCUCUGA